UAUAUUCCUAUUAGCAUAAUUAAUUGAUCGGAAUAAAGGCCCGCGCCGAGAUGUGACUUAGAAACGCGCACAAUGAGUCGAUGGCCAAGGGACUCGCGUCGACAGCAACGAGGGGGAACUGGAGGGGUCACUCGCUCCUCAUUUGAAUGCAAACGUCCCGGGUUUGAGGACUCCUCUGACGUCAUGCGACCCUCGGGUAUACCUUUAGCAAGAGCACCUUGUCAAUAGAGCUCCACGAUGAGCGAGUGAGGGCGCAUCACGCAUCACGCGUCACGGCCGCUGCCGAGAACUGCGCUGGACUGCAGGACCCAGAGCACCUCGAAGGAGCCCAGAAGGGCCGCUCGCGCUGCGGAGCAACAGUGAGUUAAAGCCAAGGAAUCACUGUUCAGGAUAUAGAAUCUCAUCUUGGCGCGGGGCCGCUAUGUCCCCGUGAAGAGAGCGCGCGUUGUGUGUGUGUGUGGACGAUGCACGUGAGCUACCUUGUGGAGAAAGAGGGCACCAUGUACCACCAAGGACCUGUGAGACGCUCCAUGAACCUCCCGCCGCAGAGCUUCCCGUCAACCCCUCAGUACCCCGACUUCGCGGGGUACCACCACGUGCCCACCAUGGAGAGCCAGGCGCAGCCCGCGGGUGGGGGGGCCUGGGGGGGGCACUACGGCGCGCCCAGGGAGGACUGGGGCGCCUACGGACUGGGACCCCCGAGCAGCACCGUGGCUGCGCCCAUGAGCGGCUCGUCCCCGGGCCCGGUGCCCUACUGCCCCCCCGACUACAGCGCCAUGCAGCCGCCGCCCGGAUCUGCCACCUUACAGCCGCCCCCGGAGGCCGUGAACGUGGGAGGCGUGACCCCCGACAGGGAGCGGCGAAACUCGUACCAGUGGAUGAACAAAACGGUGCAGUCAUCGUCCACAGGCAAAACAAGGACGAAGGAGAAGUACAGGGUGGUCUACACGGACCACCAGAGGUUGGAGCUGGAGAAGGAGUUUCACUACAACCGCUACAUCACGAUCAGGAGGAAGUCGGAGCUCGCGGUGAAUCUGGGCCUUUCCGAAAGACAGGUCAAGAUCUGGUUCCAGAAUCGCAGGGCCAAGGAGAGGAAGCUGAUCAAGAAGAAGAUGGGUCAGUGUGAAGGCAGCAGCGGUUCCACGCACAGCGACCCAGGUUCAGUGAGUCCCCUACCCGUGACGGGAUCCCUGAGCCCCUCGGAUAUCCACGGCUCUUUGUACCCACCCGCAGGAAUGAACACGAUGCCCCCCAUUGGGACCGUACAGCAAGUGACUGUGAGUCAGUAGAGCAGUAAAUGUGUACCUGGGUACUACCUGGGACUGUGUGUCCACUUCACCGGAGCACUCGGACACACCGAGCGGGAGGGACUUCGGCACCACGCGGAUUUAUCGAGGGAUUCCAGAAGCAUCGGUGCGCUCGAGCGCGCGUUCGUUGUGGAUUACAACAAACACGCUUUUCAAAGACAUUCUGGAGGCUCUUCCAUAUAUUGUUUUCAAUAGAAUAGUUUUGAGAAAGUGCAGCGUUUCAUGGAGUCGGUAUUUUUAAGGGAAUGUUUGAAUGCUUUGUUCACAGCUGUGUGUGUGUGUGUUGGGGGGGGCCUGUUGGUGAAUCGGCUGCGAAUCGAACGCAGUUCUGUCCUGCCUCUGGAAGUGUAAGGAAGCAGUUUUCGUACCAUGAAUGUGUCACUGGGUAAAGUGUGUCUGAGCACCUUUUCUAGGGUCCCCGUCCCCCCAGCCCUAUGCUCGAGAUGCAGGUGCGACUGUACAUCCUCAUGUCCCGAUAUACGGGGAAGGGCCUUUAACGGAAAGGCUC